CAACCUCACGGAUGACAUACAUCUCGAUGAGAAGCUUUGGAAAUAUUGUAACCGAGUUCAUAACAUGACCUCUGGUGUUGGUCGCGCCUGCUGGACACUCUCAUGAACUACAGUACGUCAUCGAUUUUCUAAGGUUCGCGCUUGCAGCUCUAGGGGCAAUUGUCUCGACAACCGCCACCAAGCCUUCCACACACGCUAUCCAUGGACCCAACAUGCAUGAAAGAUGCCCUUGAAAGCUGCGUCGGUCUCGAAUCAGGUCGUUCGAAAACGCAAAAGAAAGGCGCAAGACGAACAUCCGGAGCAUUCCCAGCGUUCCGCUAAGUCGCAAACGCCAGUGCUCGAUGAUGAAGGCCAAGAUAACUUGAGCAAUGCAGCAAAUGAUAGCACGACGACCACGAGUGUUCCCACCAAGACCUACUAUGGCGGCAAGAAGCCGCGACGAACGACGAAAGCGAAGAAACCCGCACUGGUACGACGCGCCUCAUCGACAUUGGUUGAAUCAUCAAUGCCAUGGCCGGAGCACUUUACAAAACUACAGCAAGUGCACCGCGCGCUCAAUCUCGUCUACACUUUCUGCUGCACGCGCAAGCAGCUCGCCACAACUCUCGAUAAUCUUAGAGCGACAGUUGAAGGGCACAUCAAGCGCGCGCUGCUUACCGAAGACGUCGCACAGAUCACAGCCUUGAUACCCCGGGCUAUCAACUUCGCCUACGUCGACGAAGCUAUGCUGCAAAUAAAUCUGAUGGGUCAAGAGGACAACAUGAAAGGAAGGAGAGCGCAAGAUUUCCUUAUCAUGCAGCCUGAGCCGGACAAGGGCGAACACCGAGAGGUGUUGCUCUUCGAGUUCAUCGACGGAGACCUGAAGCGUCAGGUUCAGAAUGCGAAAACUGGAGAACCUAUAAGAGCGACCCAGAGGCUACGCCAUGAAGAGCUCAAAAUGCCGGUGUUCAGUCAAAAGCAGAUGAUGAACCUAAUAGAGAAGCGCAACGCCAAGUUUACCUCGGCCAUCAAUGCAUUUCUGGACCAAUGCGCAGAAGAAGGACGCAGCGCAGUAGAGAUACUCAAAGAGACGUCCUUGAUGUUCAUACCCCAGCCUACAGAAAGCCGCGGCUCUACCCUAGGGCCCCAAGUGUCGAAACUACCAACGUCCAUACCAAUUGAGCGAAAGAGUAUACCGGAGAUUGUGGAUGAAAUGAAGGCUCUUGAAUGGUACUCUGGCCAGAUUGUACCGGACGGCCAUCGAGUAUUUGACCCACAACCUCCCAUUUAUGGCGACCUCAACUUUGCUAUGUCUCAAAACCUCGUCAAUGCGUUGUACAACAGAAGUAACAUCACACAGCUGUAUGCACACCAAGCUGAGGCUAUCAACAACCUUUAUGAGGGAUAUAAUGUCAUUGUGUCAACGUCAACCAGUUCAGGCAAAUCCCUGAUCUACCAGAUUCCUGUUCUUCAUCAGCUGGAGCAGGAGCCAGAGACAAGGGCGAUGUAUAUUUUCCCCACAAAAGCGCUGGCACAAGAUCAAAGGAAGAGUAUGAAAGAGCUGCUACGCUUUAUGGACGGCAUGCAAGACAUCAUCGUGGAGACAUUUGACGGAGAUACGGCUAUGUCAGACCGUGACUACAUCAGAGAUGAGGGUCGAGUCAUCUUCACGAACCCGGACAUGCUACACCUAACAAUCUUGCCUCAGGAAGAAGCCUGGCGAACGUUUCUUCAGAAUCUUCGUUUUGUUGUUGUAGAUGAGUUGCAUGUCUACAAUGGUUUAUUUGGAGCUCACGUUGCUAUGAUCAUGCGCCGAUUGCGCAGGAUAUGCGCUGCGUUGGGUAACCGACACAUCAAGUUCAUAUCUUGCUCUGCAACGGUUGCGAACCCAGAAACCCACAUGAAAACCAUCUUCGGCGUUGAUGAGGUCAGACUGACCGACUUCGAUGGCUCACCGUCUGGCCGAAAAGAGUUUCUGUGCUGGAACACACCCUUCAAAGACCCAGGCGAUCCAACUUCAGGUCGCGGUGACUGCAACACUGAGACCGCAAAGCUCUUUUGUCAAUUAAUCUUGAGGGGCGUAAGGGUCAUUGCGUUCUGUCGAGUACGAAAGCAAUGCGAGGCGUUACAGGCGGCCAUCAAGACAGAGCUGACGAUUCUUGAACGAACAGAGGUUACCGGACGAGUCAUGUCAUACCGAGGCGGUUACACGCCUCAAGACAGACGGCAGAUUGAGCGGGAGAUGUUUGAUGGUAAGCUGUUGGGCAUCGUGGCGACCACUGCGCUAGAGCUUGGUGUCGACAUCGGAUCCCUAGACUGCGUACUCACCGUCGGUUUCCCGUACACUAUCGCGAAUCUUCGUCAACAAAGUGGACGUGCUGGAAGACGAAACAAGGACUCUUUGUCAGUCUUAGUCGGUGAUUGUUUCCCAACAGACCAGUACUACAUGCAGAAUCCGGAAGAGAUCUUCACCAAACCGAAUUGCGAACUUCAAGUCGAUCUGGAGAAUAUGCUGGUGCUCGAAGGUCACGUUCAGUGUGCUGCACACGAGAUGCCGAUCACCGUUGAGGCAGACACAGCAUACUUUGGUCUGCUGCUACCGAAGAUCGCUAGAGAGCGAAUGCGCAGAGAUGGCAACGGAUUCUACCAUUGCAACGAGCGCUUCCUGCCCCAGCCAUCUCGAUUGGUAGCUAUUCGCGAUACUGAAGACACCCACUUUGCCAUCAUUGACGUCACACAUGGCAAGAAUACGGUUCUGGAGGAACUGGAAGCCUCACGCGCCUUCUUCACGAUCUACGACGGCGGCAUCUUCCUGCACCAGGGUAAUACAUAUCUGGUCAAAGAGUUCAGUCAAGAGCGAAUGAUCGCUAAGGUGGAAUAUGUGAAGGUGGAUUGGACGACCCAGCAGCGUGACUAUACCGACAUCGAUCCCGUCGAGACAGAAGCUAUUCGCAGAAUUCCCGGUUCACGAUCGAGAGCUUUCUUUGGGCCUAUCAAGAUCCAGCAAAUCGUCUACGGCUUCUUCAAGAUUGACAAGAAGCGACGCAUCCUCGAUGCCGUACAGGUCGACAACCCUCCAAUCAUCCUUUUCUCAAAAGGCAUGUGGCUCGACGUUCCGAAGUCAGCUAUGGACAUCUUAAAAUCCCGCAGACUUAACAUCGCUGCCGGCAUCCACGCCGCAGAACACUCGGUACUGUCUCUCAUGCCCAAUUACGUCAUCAGCAUGCCCGGCGAUGUACGCACCGAGUGUAAGUUUGCUGUUAAAGAAUUUGCAAAGAAGGAAACACAGCGCAAGCGGCCCGCUCGGCUCACUUUCUACGAUGCCAAGGGAGGCGCAAGCGGGAGCGGCAUAUCCACAAAGGCUUUCGAGCACGUUGACUCUCUACUUGCACAAGCAUGCAAACGUCUUCAGACGUGCCACUGUUUGGAGGGCUGCCUCGAGUGCUGCAAUGAUGAUCGCUGCAAACAUGCCAACCAAGUUAUGAGCAAGGCUGGCGCAAUGGUCAUUGUCAUGUGCUUGUUGGGUCGAGAGAAAGAGAUCGACAUCGACGCGCUGCCUUGGGGUGAAGAGGAUACAGUGCAGGCGUGUAUUGAAACUGUCGUCGAGGCAGAGAUGGUACGAAUGGCGAGGGGGAAGGUAGUUGAUGGCGUACUAAUCAAGGAAGAAGAGGAGGACGAGGAUCAUUUCGCGAGGAGUAUUCAUAUGUUUGGUGGCGAGCGCUCCUUCAUUGGUGUGCACAAGCACAAGCCGGUUCUUGGGAAGGCAGGGGAGACAUACGGCUCUUGGGCUUGAACGUUUUAUGUGUAAGCCACAAAACUAUUUAGUGACCCCCUAUUUCCUCCUCACUACACCUAAAACUCAAGGCAUGCUCGGGGUCGGCGCGCCCUUGCCCAGCUUGAAGUGGCCAGGCAUCAAGUUGAUGAACACAGAUGCAGGAUCAUACUUGGCCGACACCGCUUUUAACUUCUGAACAUUGGUCGCGCCGUAACUGCCGAUUGGGUCUUCAAAUUGCGAUGCGUAGAUCAUGUAAAUGUAGUCAUUGUCCAC